AGUCAUUAUAUCUAUGAUUUAUAAAUAUUAUUGUGUUUUAGAAAACAAAUAUGACACAAUAUCUGAAAAAGUCCACUCAAUUGGUUGGUUUAGCUGUCUCCAAAGCACCACGUCAAUCUCUUGUAGAUCUGUACAUGAAAACAAUAACAGUUCUUGGAUCAAUGCCUAAAACUUCUGUGUAUCGACAACAAACGGAAGAAAUUACAAAACACCGACUUAAUCUUGCCAAUACAGAGGAAGAUGUUAUGAAACUAGAACAGAAAAUAAAUUGUGGUCAGAUUGAGGAGGUGUUGAUACAAGCUCGGGAUGAAUUAUCAUUAGCUGAACAAAUGACUGAGUGGAAGCCGUGGGAAGCACCUGAGUCAUCAGAACCUCAUGGACAAUGGUCUUGAUUAAAUACAAUAUCAUUUAGUUGUAUGUUGUUUCAGAGAUUUUCUUUCUGUGAUUAUAUGUGUAAAUGCAAGUUAUUAUUAAAUGCAAAUACAAAAAGAUAACCACUGAUUGUUUUAACCAUU